CAAAUAUGUGGAAUUUGACUUCCUUAUCAAUGGCCAGUUCUUGCGUGUGCCACUGGUCACGCACAUGGAAAUGGAAAAUAUCUCCACUGAAGAAGUGGUGGAAAUAGAGUACGUGGAGAAAUACAUGGCCCCUCAGCCAGAGGAAUGCAUCUUCCACGAUGACUGGAUCAGUUCUGUUCAAGCCACUGAAGAAUGGAUAUUAACUGGCUGCUAUGAUCAGACUGCUCGAAUCUGGACUUUGGAAGGAAAAUCCAUCACAACAAUAGCUGGGCAUACAGAAGUAGUGAAGGACGUGGCAUGGGUGAAGCAAGAUAGUUUAUCAUGCCUGUUACUCAGUGCUUCUAUGGACCAAACUAUCCUGCUGUGGGAGUGGAAUGUGGAGAAAAACAAAGUGAAAGCCUUGCACUGCUGCAGGGGACAUGCUGGAAGUGUAGACUCCAUAGCUGUUGAUUGCACAAGAACUAAAUUCUGCAGUGGGUCUUGGGAUAAGAUGUUAAAGAUCUGGUCUUCAGUACCUACAGAUGAAGAGGAUGAAAUGGAAGAAGCAGCUAACAGACCACGGAAGAAGCAGAAAACUGAACAGUUGGGACUAACAAGGACUCCCCUGGCAACCCUCUCUGGCCACACAGAAGCUGUCUCCUCUGUGCUGUGGUCAGAUGCUGAAGAAAUCUGCAGCGCAUCAUGGGACCACACUAUUAAAUUCUGGGAUGCUGAGACUGGAGAUCUCAAAUCAACUUUGACAGGAAACAAAGUGUUUAAUUCUGUCUCCUACUCACCACUGUGUCGACGCCUUGCAUCCGGUAGCACUGACAGACAUAUUAGACUAUGGGAUCCUCGCAGCAAAGAUGGUUCCUUGGUUCUCCUGUCUCUGACAUCUCACACAGGCUGGGUGACAUCUGUGAAGUGGUCACCUACCCAUGAGCAUCAGCUGAUCUCUGGUUCUCUGGACAACAUUGUGAAGCUCUGGGACACAAGGAGUUGCAAAGCUCCUCUCUAUGACUUGGCUGCUCAUGAAGACAAGGUUUUGUGUGUGGACUGGACAGAACCAGGGUUGCUAUUGAGUGGAGGUGCAGACAACAAACUGUAUUGCUACAGAUACCCAGCUACAGCCUCUGAUGUUGGAGCAUGAAGGUCAACAGCCAGAAGAAUUUAAAAAAAAAAAAAAAAAAAUUUGUGACAGUCACUGUGUUAGCAACCCUAUGCAACCAACAUCUGAAGAAAGUUUUUUGUGGCUCAGAGAGCUGUUGUUCCUGUUUUUGUAUUGGUAACCUAUAUCCAUGUUUGUCUCACAAGAAUCGCAACAAGCAGUUACGAAUGUGCUUAGUGUGAAACAAAGCAAAUGGUGUCUCUUCCCUU